AAAAAUGUAUUUCUGCUGCUACUCCUCCCUGGUGCCCAGGAUGAAGAUGAUCCUAUUGAUCUCCGGGUGCCUGGAACUAGCUGAGAUGCUUCGACUCUUCCUGAUUACAGAUUGGUUGCUUCUCCCUAGCUGGUCAAAACUCAUCGUUGUAGAGCUCGUCUUCCUUACUAUCCUAGUCUUCACAGAUAUACUCAUGUACCUUGGGGUAGUAAACAGAAGAUCUGAGCAAUUUCUUCCCUGGUUGGUCACUCACUUCAUCUCCUUCAUUGUAACCCUGGUCUUCCUCAUCAUGCACUUCGUGCAGAUCUUUAUCAUCAUCUCCCCGGCAACACAGAAUGCAUACUUGAGACUGCCGUCUGGAAUGGGAAUACGAAGCCCUGAGUUUCAGCAAUCCUUCAGAUAUGAGUUGGGAAUAACAAUUGGAAAAGUUCUGGUUCUGGGUUUGGUUGUCCCUCUCUCAGGGUACUUCUGGAUACUGGCAUUCAUGGGCUGGAGACAAGUUCUUAAUGACAGUGAUACCGAAUGUGAGAGGAGAAUGGAGGAACGGAAGAAAGACGAAACAAGAGCAAAUAUUUAUAAGGUCUCUGGAAGUAAAGGAUACUUAAACGAUCCACGAUACACAACUUCAAACCCUUCGGGUCUUGAUGCUAGAUCUGCAAGAUCUUUGUCUCGUCAGACGAGCCUACCCCGAGAUAUGGCAGAAUUCCAGCGCACUCUGGGGCGCCAGGAACGGCAGCUAAGUCGACAGAACAGUGAAAUUUCAGCUGUUGGAAACAAUAUGGCGUCGACCCGUAGUUUGCCUCGUAGAAAUAAUAUAGAGAUAGGUCAGAUUUCUGAGCAUGUGCAGAGAGUAAUACCAGAUAAUAGAAGUACAUCAAGAGCUAUUAACAGACGUGAUAGCCUAAUCCUAGCUCUGAGAGACCAAGAAGCCAUAGUGGAAGCUUCAAAGUUUAGGGAACCAUAUGGAGGUUUAGGUGGCCUAGAACCUCUAGGAGAAAAUGAAACCAGGGAACAGUGGGAACCAAGGGAACAUAAAGGAUUCAGGAACAUCAAGGAUAGUGUAGAGUUCCACAGGAACUACGCGAGACAGGGGAGUCAGAGAUCGUAUAUGAGUCAAGACACAACGUUUAAUAUUCCCAGCAUUGCUACAGAGUUCUCUCAGCUCUCGCACAGGGAUUUCAGUUAGAAAUAUAAACAAAAAAUAAGAAAUAAAACGGGGCAUUCGCGUAGAGAACUUGCGCAUACCCAAAAUCCAGAGAAGAAUGAUGGUUUUAAACUAAAAUCUGUUAAUAUCAUUCAACGCAAGAUGAUUAAAAGGAAGAAUGCAUAUUUUAACGUAUUUCUAGAUACGAGAAUUAAACAUCUAAACAUAUAUCGAGUUACUUUUCUCACUGGAUGGAACCAAAUCAAUUUCACGGUUCAUUGAUGUAUUUAGAUCAAUUAUCAUUCUCCUUCCGUCCACGUUUUUAUAUUAAUUAUCUCAAAAUAUUGUUAAAUAUGAGACAUACAGGGUUACCAAGGAAGGAAGAGACUCCUGUCUUUUUGAAGAAUGCAUAUUUGAUUUCCUCCCCCCCCCCUCCCCUUCACAUAUCAACAUAUCAUUAUUAUAAUAGCAUUUAAAAAUACAUAUUUGAUUUCCCCCCCCUCCCCUUCACAUAUCAACAUAUCAACAUUAUAAUAGCAUUUAAAAAUACAUAUUUGAUUUCCCCCCCCUCCCCUUCACAUAUCAACAUAUCAACAUUAUAAUAGCAUUUAAAAAUACAUAUUUGAUUCCCCACCCUCCCCUUCACAUAUCAACAUAUCAACAUUACAAUAGAAUUUAAAAAUACAUAUUUGAUUCCCCACCCUCCCCUUCACAUAUCAACAUAUCAACAUUAGAAUGGCAUUUUAAGAUUAUUUUUUUUUUCAUUGAAUCUUAUUAUCAAAAAAGUUCCGGGUUUCGUUCUUUGUGGGUAACCCUGUAGGACUUCAGACACUAUUCUAUAAGGUUGUAAAAAUAAAUCAUGUUUUAGUGUUAACUUCAUAUUUGUUUAUCGAAUCUUGUAUUUUCUACUCAUAAUGCAACUUUUAAACUAUUUCAGUCUUAAAGUGUUUUGUAAAAAUCGUAAAAUUUUUAAAGUUAAAAAAAGACAAUUAUUGAUGAAGUCCGUUGUUAAAAUUCAUAUUUGUAAGCCUAAAACCCCUUUUAACGUAACUUUCAAUAGUAAUCUUAAUAAAAAAAAGACUGUUUUUACGGAUAUUUUUCAUAUUAUAGAUCAGCAGAGAUAUUACUCUUUUGCUUGAGCAUACACAAAUACAAUAAAUUCUAAUAUUUCAAAAUAAAAUAUACUUUCUGAUUUUAACAGAUUCAAAAGUCAGCACUUGAUAUUUUUUCCGUUACAACCCUCUUUUAACAGCUUGGUAUAUUUUUUUAAUAAUACUCUGUGACCUUUCCAUUAAGCGUUUUUUUCUGGAUAGAAUUGAUCAUUCAACAAUGUACAAAAUAGUGUUUCUCUAAAAAUGUAAUUAUUAUUGUAUGAUUAUAAUUUGUAACGUUUGUAACGUCAAUGUCUAGUAUCUUAAAUUGAAAAUGUUCAGUUUCUAAAAAUAAGAUAAGGAAUGGUUUACAAAAAAAGAAAUAUUUGAAUCUUAGCAAAGCAUACAUUGUUAAUGAACAAGUGUAAGAACUAAAAUUCCCAUAUUUUUCUUCUUAAGUUGUAGAAAUCUGACGCAGACCUCACAAUUGUAUUUUUUGUUCCAGUUAAAGUCAAAGAAGAAAAAAUGUGUCUGAUAAAAAGAUACAAUAUGUUAUUAUAAUUAUGUAUGUGUUCACUGUACACAUAUUUUACCAUAAAAAAUAUUUGCCGAUUUUAUUUAUUCAGAGGUCGGAACUUUUAGCACCUUUAGAGGUCGGGUCAGAACCUUCAGAGAUCGGAACUUAUAGUACAUUCAGAGGUCGGAACUUUUAGUACCUUCAGAGGUCGGAACUUUUAGUAUCUUCAGAGGUCGGAACUUUUAGAACCUUCAGAGGUCGGAACUUUUAGAACCUUCAGAGGUCGGAACUUUUAGAC